AUUGAAACCAACCCUAAGCUCCUUUGAUCUCCACCUUAAAGGUAGCCCCGAUUAUUGCUGACUUAAGCAUCGGAGUGUCUACCCCGAGAUCCAUCUCGGGGCUUUGCAGGUUAACUCGGAGUGCAGACGUGGACUGAAGAAGGACUUCUGGUUUGGUGCAAUUACAUUUGGCGCCAUCUGUGGGAAUUCGAAUUGAAAGCUUUCUUGUUGCUCUUUCAUCAUGGUUAACACUCGAUCAGUCCGAGCUGGAAACCCAUCUCUGCCUCUUGGACAAGCUCACAACUUAACUUCCACCGCCAACCAAGAUGUAGUUGCAGCUCAGCUUGUUGCCAUGCAACAACAGUUUGGUGUUUUUCAGCUGGUAUUAGCUCAGCUCUUAGCUCGGAACAAUCCUGGUGAUCCCCUCAUUAAUUUACUCAACCCUGCUCAACAACCCCCAACUCCACAGCAAAACCCUCAACCAGUUCAGCAUGCCCCUGCUCUUAGUGAAUCUCAGGGUCAAUCUCACAUAGCACCAGCUCAACAACCCCUCCCUGAUGAUGUCACUCAACGUCUGGACAGUUUAGAAAAGUUGAUACCACAACUUGAGACUUAUGAUGGGACGAAGGAUCCCGAUGAUCACUUACAUGCUUUCUACUCUUGUAUGCAAGCCCAGAACGCCUCUGACGCGUUGAUGUGCAAAAUCUUUCCCUCUACUCUCCGAGGUAAUGCUCGAACUUGGUAUUACAGUCUACCUCCGAGGUCAAUCAGUUCUUAUACAGAAAUGGCAUCUGCCUUUGCCACAAAGUUUUCCAGUAGAAGAUUCAGAGAUAGUUUAAUCAAACACCCUGCCACUACCUUUAGCGAGGUGAAUGAUAGGUCUCUGAAAUUUAUAACUGCUGAGGAAUAUGCACUGUCGCAGAACCCAACUCCCUCUAAGAACCAAAACCCAGACUGGAGAGAUAAGAAUUCGAGUAGGAAACGGAUGAGAGUAGCACAGAACCGAGGUCCAAUGUCGACCUCCACACCGAGAUUCGAAAGACCGAAAUCAGCACCCCCACAACAAUCUACAGGUAAACCUCUGUGCAACAGUUUGAGGUCCGAGCUGGAAAGUCUUGCCCAGAAGGGAAUGUUGAAUGAGUACAUUCACAGAGCUCAGCAGCCGAGAUUUGUCAGAGAACAGGGGCCACAGCCCCAAGGAAACCGCAAUCCACCAAACAGGCAAGGAGUAGGGCAUCAACAAGCCCCACCUCCACUUCCACCACCAGCCAGAAUUAUACACAUGAUUACGGGAGGCCUAAAAGCAGGGACCAAAAAUGUGCAACUCACUAAAGUUGAGGGACCAAAUUUAGCAUUUAACCAACAGAGAAAGCUGUAUGUCAGAGAGGUGAAGCAUCAAAACCGAGCUCAGAAACGGAAGUUUGACGAUGCCGAGUGGAAAAAUCAACCCAUUACUUUUACACCUGCUGAUUUUGAUACAGUCGUCACACCUCACAAUGACCCUCUAGUCACUUCUGUCAUGAUUAACAAUUGUGAGGUACAACGUGUCCUUGUUGACACAGGGAGUGCACCAGACAUCAUGUACUUCCAUUGUUUUGAGAGUCUUGGGUUGAAUCCAGCUUUGUUGCAGCGGUAUGAUGGUCCUAUUUAUGGAUUCAACAACCAACCAGUUCCAGUUGAAGGGGUCCUAACACUGAAUGUUGCAUUUGGAAGUGGCCGGAACUAUGUGACUCCUUCAGUUCGGUUUCUAGUGGUUAAGAUGCCUUCUUCCUUCAACGUUGUCAUUGGCCGACCCACACUGACUGAAAUCCGAGCUGUGGUUUCCCAGUCUCACCUAUGCUUGAAGUUCCCAACUCCCAUGGGAAUAGCAACAUUGCGAGGCAAUCAGGAGGUGGCCAGACAUUGCUAUAUCACCUCGGUCACACGACCUCAGAAGGACAAAGAUCAGACACCCGAGGCCAAUCCUCAACGGAUUCCUAAUGAUCAGCAAGUCAUGGGUGUUGAAAUAGUAGAUAACCGACCGGAAGAUGUGACUAGGGCUGCUCCAGUCGAAGAUGUUGAGGAAGUGCCCAUUGAUGACAGAGAUCCAAGCCGAAAGACGCAGAUUGGAACUCGACUGAGCACGGAGGAAAGAGCAGAGUUAAUAGCUUUUCUCCACGCUAACAAUGAUGUCUUCGCUUGGACUUCGGCAGAUAUGCCGGGAAUCCCACCCUCAGUAUCCCAACAUAAGCUCAGUACCUAUUCGUUGAAGAGACCAGUACCCCAGAAGCGACGUCUCUUCGGGGGCGAGAGGCUUCAGGCCAUAAAAGAAGAAGUAGAGAAGCUUCUACAAGCUGGUUUCGUCAGAAAAGUCGAUUAUUGUGAAUGGGUGGCUAACCCAGUGCUGGUGAAAAAGGCAAAUGCUUAUGGAAACGAGAUAUUAAGUCUCUUGGAUUCAUAUUCUGGCUACCACCAGAACGUAGGUGCCACUUACCAGAAGAUGGUUACCAUUGUAUUCCGAGUUCAAAUAGGUCGAAAUUUGGAAGUCUAUUUUGAUGAUAUAGUGGUGAAGAGUUUGAAAGCUGAAGAUCACCUAGCUGACCUCGAGGAGACAUUCAACAAUCUCAGAAAAAACAAAAUACGGUUAAAUCCAGCCAAAUGUAUCUUCGGCGUGGAGUCUAGAAAAUUUCUAAGCUUCAUGGUAUCCCGAAGAGGGAUUGAAGUCAAUCCGGAAAAGAUCAGAGCGAUAGCCGAGAUGAAACCGCCGAAGUCAGUGAAAGAUAUACAGAGGUUGACUGGAAGGGUGGCAGCUCUUCAUCGGUUCAUAUCGAAGUCAGCAGAUAAGUGCUUGCCAUUUUUCAAGAUUAUGAGGUCAGCCGCCCAGAAACACGAAUCAGGAAAACAAAAGAAGUUUGAAUGGAAUCAGGACUGCCAAGCCGCAUUCGAAGAGCUGAAGUCUUAUCUUAGCUCACCACCUCUACUGACCAAGGCCAUAGAUGGAGAGAUCCUCUAUUUGUAUCUGGGAAUUUCAGACGAAGCCAUUAGUUCGGUUCUGGUGAGAGAAGAAGCCAAACAACUGAAACCAAUCUAUUACAUCAGCAGUGUGCUGCAUGGUGCAGAGCUGAGAUAUCCUAUUGCUGAGAAAGCAGCUUUAGCAAUUGUCACUUCGGCCAGGAAGUUGAGGCCAUAUUUUCAGUCACACCCAAUCAUCGUCCUCACAUACCAACCUCUUCGACAGAUUUUACAGAAGCCAGAAUGCUCUGGAAAAUUAAUUAAAUGGGUAGUAGAACUGAGGGAAUUCGAGAUAACGUUUCAGCACAGAUCUGCAAUUCGAGCUCAAACACUGGUAGAUUUUAUUGUAGAAUGCACUCCAUAUGGAUACCGAAGUGAGCAUGCUCUGAAGUUUAACUUCGAUGCAACAAAUAACAUGACUGAGUAUGAAGCUCUGCUACUUGGUCUACAGUUAGCAUUGGAAUUGAAAGCAGAUUCACUCUUUAAGUUUGCCUCUGAUAGUUCUUUAAGUUCCAGAUCAGUUUUUGUGGAGGUUUUAGAUGAACCAAGCUUCAUGAAGCCACGGAUGAUGGAGAUUAGCACAGACCCAGACACACCGAGCUGGACUGACUCGAUUAUCUCCUUUUUACAAGACGGGACAGUACCUAAAGACAAGAAAGAGGCAAUGAGGUUGAGGAAGAAAGCAUCUCGGUAUACACUUGUUGAUGGAGUCCUUUAUAAGAGAUCUUUCUCACUCCCUCUUCUACGAUGCUUGAAUCCCUAUGAAGCGGAGUACGCACUUCGGGAGGUACAUGAAGGUGUCUGCGGAAGCCACGUUGGUGCUAGAACUUUGGCUCACAAAGUCUUAAGACAGGGGUAUUACUGGCCAAACAUGUAUAAAGAUGCCACUCAUUUUGUUCAGAAAUGCUCGAUGUGUCAAUUCUUUGCACAUCUAACUCACCAACCAGUAGAGGAGCUUACGAACUUAGUAGCACCAUGGCCAUUUGCUCAGUGGGGACUGGAUCUCUUGGGCCCAUUUGUGAAAGGGGUUGGUGAUGUAACCCAUCUGAUUGUUGGUGUGGAUUAUUUUACCAAAUGGGUUGAAGCUAGGCCGUUAUCCAGUCUUACCUCUAAGAAAGUUGAAGACUUUGUUUUCAGUUCGAUCAUCUGCAGAUAUGGGAUCCCAAACCAGAUUGUGGCUGAUAAUGGAACUCAAUUCAACUGCUCCUCAUUCCGAGAUUUUUGUUCCAGUUACGGGAUCAAAUUGCAGUUCAUCUCAGUUUACCAUCCGGAGUCCAAUGGUAUGGUGGAAUCUGUUAAUAAAUGCAUUUUAGAAGGAAUAAAGCCGAGGCUAGAACAGCACAAAGCCAAGUGGGUAGAUGAGCUCAACAACGUCCUCUAGGCAUACAGAACAACGAGCGGAACUGCCACAGGUACUAUUUUUAAACCAGGUUCCUUUCGUUUUAUUUUUAUUCUACGUUACUUUGUCACUUGCGAUUCUACCCUAGAUCAAAUAUGCAUAAUAUGUAAAGCAGAUUCUAAAGAAUACAAUUUCAUGAAAUAG